GACCUAGAAGUAGACAAUGGCCGACCUGGAACUUGGCGAUGCCUUAAAGGACGCUGCACCAGAGAUUGAACCUGAAAUUAAGCGGGACUUCAUCAGCUCUCUGGAGGCGGAGCCCUAUGAUGAUCUCAUCGGGGAGAGCUGUGACAAGACGGACUAUGUUCCAUUGUAUGAUGAUGAUGAGGCAGAUCCAAAGAAUAAGCUUGCUGAUGGAGGCCAUGCAGAGUGACCUGCAUCAGUGGUAGCGAAUGGUGAGC